AUGGAGGAAGCCGCCAGCGUACCCUUUCAACAGUCACCGCAGGCAUCCCCUGCAUCAUAUCCGUCAUCCCUGUCACCGCCUGGCUCUCGGCUGUCAGCAGCACCUACGUCACCAUCCACACCGAAUGCCGAACGCCGAUCAGUAGGAUAUGUGCACGCAAACCCCCGACUUGUAACACCGGCAUCGUCGUCAUCAUCACCAUGCUCACCAUCACCACCACCACCCCUACCGCCAAGGCGUGCCCGACCACCACCACCACCACCACCACGACGCUCUCCCGACGCACCAACUGCACACGCUUUUACACCACCUAUCACCCCAUCGCCACCCCUCCUGCCAUGUCCGCCACCGCCAUCACUGGCAGCAGCAGCAGCAAGCCCGGAAUCAUCCGUUCAGGUACCUUGCAUACCUGAACUCAGUUGUAACGUUACAAAUUGCAGGAGGCGGUGUGAUAUUGGACACAGACGCAGACGAUGCACCACUGGAUGUAUCUUGAUCACCUUGGCCGUCAUCAAGUUGGUGAUCCUCAUUGCCAUAUGCAUUAAGGUGAUGCUGAUGUAA